AAGUCGCCACACGCGGCAUUCUGGUCCCGCCUUAGACGGAAGUGUCUCUAUGGUGACGGCGGGAGGUUCGGGUUGGGCUAGAGGGGGCCAAGCCACCGCCCGCCCCGGAGCCGGCUGGUCAUGGUGAAGAUGCCGCUCUGACUCCGGUUCACCAGCUGUACUCACUGAGGGUGUGGGAUGGCUCUACAUGGCCUCUGUAGGGCCAGAAGCCUAUAGCCUUGGCCUCAAGAGGGGAAACCAGUUCCAGGUGGGCAUUGCACCAGGGCUGACGGUGCCGCCACUCACAUCAAAGCUUCACGAGAGUAAGGCCUGGUACCUUGCUAAGCAGCAGGUGAAGCCCAUUUGGCAGCUGGAACAGAAACAUGUGACCAAUUUUCAGGACCUCCAAUCGGUCCACUCAGGGAUUUCUUCCCAGCGUCCCCGCCUCUUGUACCCAGAGUCGUUAUGUAGUGAGACAACGUUCCUGACUUCACCUCCACCUCUGCCCCACACUCUCCCAAACUUCCUCGGAAGCACCUUGCUCUACCGACGUUCUUACUUCAGACACAAGCCUUAUCGGAGGCUUGAGUCCAUCUGCUUGCAGCCAACUUCUUUGGAGAAGAAACCUCUUUGUGCUCCGCUCCCUGCCUAUCGCUCUGUUCUCAACAACACUAUGACAUCCUCAGCCAUAGACCCAUUCUUUAUGCCGAAUACUGCUGCUGACUGUUCGAAUCCGGUGUCAAAGGGGUUCCCCCUAAGCUCAGGGAAGCAAAACUCCAAUUCAUACAGGCCAGUGCUAAACAAUAACUCUUUCCUUCGGCCAACUAGUGCAAAAGUGCCUUUGCAGCAGCAGCAGCAGUACCACCAACCGCUGCCACCAGAAAAUAAGAAGCUAAAAGGCUUGUCACGACCUAUUGGCUUCUCUUGGACCCACUCUGGUGGAAAUGGAGAUGGAUCUCCUGCGAACCUUGAAAGAAAGCUUGGGAAAAGCAGUGGCAUAACUCUUGAGCAACCCAGUGCCAAAUCUCCUCGCUCGGCCAUUCACAAUGGUGUGGUUCUCAAAGUGGAACGGCCCUCCUGGCGACUCGAAGAUGGUGAGAACAGGUCUCAGAACCUGAAAGAGCAAGAUGUGCGGUUGUCGGAAGCUAUGCGGAAGCUGACUGCGAGUGGGAUCCGGAAGGUUAGCACCUACAACGAAUUUGGUCACCGCAUUGACAGCUCUUGCCUUAUGAAUGCAAACUUCCACUCCAGUCUUUUCAAUCGAUGGAAGCCACACAUAGUAGCACAGAUCACUCCAAAGGACGUACCAGCUGCCACCUCCCCAAGUCUGGAGCCUGGUAGCCGCCACCAGAGCCUUAUGGUCACAGAAGCUGCCGAUGUCUGCACUAAACGCAUUGAUGUUCGUUUCUUAGCCUCAAAUCCUGAACCUUCCAACCACUGCGCCUUGAGUCAGACUGUCAACCACACCUCUGUAAAUGCUGGAGAACAAGUGGUGAAAACAGAGCUGUCCCCACGGACUACAGUCUCUGAGGUAGAGACCAAAAUUUCCUCUCUUCAGUUAGGCACGGAUACAAAAUGGGGGAACCCUAUUACUGUGAAAGAGACCGAAGCUGCAGUCAACCUCCCCCUGCUGGACCAAGCGGAGGUGGAAGACGUAGAGGAAGAGCUCCCAGACGGCUUGGAAGAUGCCUGCAGUCAGGAUGAGGAGGGAGAAGAGGAGGAUGGGGAAGGUGAAUCAGAUGGCUCCUCUUCAUCCGGAUUAUCCCCCAAUGGUUCUGUAGCUAUUAUAUCCAGGAAUUGCAUUGAGGGAUUGGUGCCUACGCUAGAGGGCCAAGAACGAAUUCUCAAGCCAGCUCUUACAUGCAGCCUGUUCCCCAAUGUGCCUCCCACCAUAUAUUUUGGUACCCGGGAUGAGAGAGUGGAGAAGCUCCCUUGGGAACAGAGGAAGAUGCUACGAUGGAAGAUGAGUACAGUGACUCCCAACAUUGUAAAGGCAACGAUCUCCAGGUCCCACUUCAAAAUUAGCAAGAGAAACAAUGACUGGCUGGGCUGCUGGGGCCAUCACAUGAAAUCUCCGGGGUUCAGAGUUAUCAGAGAACAUCAGAAGUUAAAUCAUUUUCCUGGCUCGUUCCAAAUUGGUCGGAAGGACCGUCUGUGGAGAAAUGUGUCCAAAAUGCAGUUGCGCUUUGGGAAGAAGGAGUUCAACUUUCUGCCCCAGUCCUUCAUCCUUCCUCAGGAUAUCAAGCUGCUCAGAAAGGCUUGGGAAGAUUGUGGGAGCCGACAGAAAUGGAUUGUGAAGCCGCCAGCAUCAGCUAGAGGCAUCGGCAUUCAGGUCAUCCAUAAGUGGAGCCAGCUGCCCAAGCGCAGGCCACUGCUGGUGCAAAGGUAUUUACAUAAACCCUACCUCAUUGGUGGAAGCAAGUUCGACUUGAGGAUUUAUGUUUACGUCACAUGCUAUGAUCCACUUCGGGUUUACUUGUUCAAAGAUGGACUUGUUCGUUUUGCCAGCUGCAAAUAUUCCCCCUCUGUGAAGAGCCUCAACAACAAGUACAUGCACUUGACUAAUUACAGUAUCAACAAGAAGAAUAUUGAAUACAAGGCUAAUACAGAUGAAACUGCAUGUCAGGGUCACAAGUGGGCACUGAAGGCACUUUGGAGUUAUUUGACCCAGAAAGGAGUUGACAGUGAAGCCAUCUGGGAGAAGAUAAAAGACAUUGUUGUCAAAACCAUCAUUGCAUCAGAGCCCUACAUAAUCAAUCUCGUAAAGAUGUAUGUGAGACGCCCUUACUGCUGCCAUGAGCUGUUCGGGUUUGAUAUCAUGCUGGAUGAGAACCUUAAGCCAUGGAUUCUGGAAGUCAAUAUUUCCCCCAGCCUUCAUUCGAACUCUCCUUUGGAUGUGAGCAUCAAGGGUCAAAUGGUCAGAGAUGCCCUUAAUUUGGCUGGUUUUCUGUUGCCAAGCACAGAUGAUGUGGCUUCACCCUCUGGAAGUGCCAGCAGCUCCACAACUAGCUUGAAUAGUGUCGCAAAGGAGAAGAGUAAGUCAUCUCUGGAGCUGUUCACUUCUGAGAAAACGAAAAGAGCUUUUUAUCUGACCUCAAAAGUGCCUGAUCAGGAGUUCUAUUCCACCAUCCUAGAUGUUCUAACACCAGAUGAUGUACGUGUCCUAGUAGAGACAGAGGAUGAAUUUGCUCGACGUGGACAGUUUGAGCGAGUUUUCCCCUCGCGGUUCUCCAUGCACUACCUACGUUUCUUUGAGCAGCCGCGAUACUUCAACAUCCUUACUUCCCAGUGGGAGCUGAAAUAUUUCGUGAAUAAGGUCAAAGGGGUGGAUCUGCUCAGAAACUGGUGUCACAAAGGCUUUCAUAAUGGAGUGGUGACAGAAUCCACAGUGAUGUGGUCAAUUCCAAGAUCCCACCUCUAUUUGAAGAAUGAACUCCCUGUGAAUGGCUUGAGCAAGAUGGAAUUAGGCAAAACCAGCAAAAUCCUUGUCCAGCGAGAUGGGGAGGAGCCAGUCCGAAGCUCUGAGCCAAACCCUUGCACUCAAAGCUUACCUCAGAUUAAAUACACAGUUGGAAGUCUCAAGAAACCCGCAAUCCCUCGGACCCUCAGCAACUCAAGCCUAGUGAAGUGACGGGGGACUGAGUGGAUCCUCCAAGCAGUGUGCUAUAGAGCUUGAUACUGAGAGGAACAAAAAGAUGUGCUAUGACGUGUGAGGAGCCACACUAUGCAGAAGGGCAUAGAAUUCUGCCCAAAUGUUUCAGGAAUGGAAGACUGCUCUGGGAUAGAGGAGAAGCCAUCCCAGCACCUUCCACAUUUCGGGAUUUGAAGCUCGAGUAGCUGCUGUCUCAACUUGUUUAACACAACUAUCUUCUUCAGAUGAAUUUAUUCUGCUCAGAGUGAAAUGUCAGUGGUCAAUUUAUUGGUGCACUGAGGGCGCUAGUGGUUUUUUGGGUCUUCUGAAGUGUGCAUCGGAGAGAUCCAGAGGAGGAUAAACAUACAUUUUCAAAAGGAUGUCACGAGUCCAGUUUAAC